AAGUCUGGGAUAAGGUGGUGCUGCUUUAGAUAUGUGAAAAAAACAUAUUGUUUUAACAUUAUGUAGACAUUUGGGAUUUGCAAAAUUAUUACGUAACACCUUUAUUGAGGAGUACCUGCAUUAAUUGUAACACCGAUGAGAACAUUUUGAAUGACAGCGCCGACCAGAUAUCAUUAGAAGACAUAGAAAGUAAUGAGGCUAAUGCUUAGACACAUCACUACCAAGCAGACAGAAGUCCUACACCUCCUUUUCAAAGUCACGUUUUGUUCUUGACUACUGAUGAAGUGGUUGAAUGUUGCAGGUCUGUGAUUUCCAGUGGCUUGCUGAACAAAUCUAACAGCCAUGGUAUCACUGAAAGGAGUAUACUUUUCAAUCCUGCUCUUUUUGGGGAGUUUCUUUGGAAGUAUCUUUAUGUUGGGUCCCUUCCUGCCAUUGAUGUUUGUAUCCCCAGCUUGGUAUCGCUGGAUUACUGAUCGCGUUGUAGCUACAUGGCUCACACUUCCUGUGGCGAUGCUGGAAAUGGUAUUUGGUGCAAGAGUGGUGAUCACUGGAGAUGGUUUUAUCCCAGGAGAGCGUAGUGUGAUCAUUAUGAACCACAGGACACGAUUAGAUUGGAUGUUCUUGUGGAACUGCUUGCUACGGUACAGCUACCUAAGGCUGGAGAAGAUUUGCCUCAAAAAGUCCCUCAAAUCAAUUCCAGGAUUUGGCUGGGCAAUGCAGGUUGCUUCCUUUAUUUUCAUCCAGAGGAGAUGGGAGCAAGACAAACAGCACUUUGAAGAUAUGUUAGAUUACUUUUGUGAUAUCAGAGAACCUCUGCAACUCCUCAUCUUUCCUGAAGGCACAGACCUCACAGCAAACACAAAAGUACGAAGUGAUGAAUUUGCUGAGAAGAAUGGUCUUCAGAAGUUUGAGUACGUCCUACAUCCUAGAACAACGGGUUUCACAUUUGUAGUUGAACGCCUUAGACAAGGUCACAACUUGGAUGCAAUUCAUGACAUCACAGUUGCAUACCCUCUCAACAUUCCUCAGACAGAGGCACAUCUGCUGAAUGGGAACUUCCCAAAAGAGAUCCACUUCCAUGUUCGCAGGUAUCCUGUGAGUGUGUUACCAGCUUCCACAGAAGAGCUGCAAACGUGGUGCCAGCAGAGGUGGCAAGAGAAAGAAGAGCAACUUCGUUGUUUUUAUGAGGGUGAAAAGUACUUUGAUGUCUCACGGUGCAGUAAAAUUCCACCCUGCAAAUCCGAGCUCAGAGUCCUCCUUGUGAAAUGCAGCUCUCUUCUGUUUUGGACAGUUUUUAUUCUGUCCAUGUUUGUGUUGCUCUAUUGGUCCAGUCUUGCACGUUGGUACUUUCUUUUUAUGAUGGUUAUUUUCGUGGUUCAGGAAAAGGUAUUUGGUGGAUUGGAGUACAUUGAACUUGCAUGUCAUAGAUACCUCAAUAAAAGGCAAAAUACUCCUCUAAAGAAGACAGAGUGAAAAAGAAGGAAUCUGUCCAGUUGCAGGCACUCUAUAUAGUCUCUAAAUGAAGGGACCUUACAGCUUUUAUUUCUGCAUGAAUCAGUCAUUUCUUCUUUUAUCAUUUCUCAUUUCAGUGGACUUAUGAAUUGCAUUGCAGUCAGCUUAGGUGUCAGGGUCAUACUAUUUUAAUUAUGGAGAUUUUUUUUUUUCUAAAAUUGUAACUUAAUAAACAUGUGAUGGGUUGUAUGGUUUAUGCUGAAAUGUCAUCAUGACUGUGGUGAGGUGGCAAAAUCAUAAAAGCUUAGUGCUGCAAAUUCUUGAGAAGCAGCAUUACCAUAUUGUAAAAUUACUUAAUUAUGAAACAAAAAAAAAUCACCUCUUUGAUUGUUUUAUAAAAAUCAAUUUGUUACUUUGAAAAUUAGCAUUAUUGAAGACCGACAUUACCUUGGCUGAGCCUAGGAAAUUUUCUUCUUUGUUGAUAUAAUUAAAAUUCGACUUAGAGCUACCAGUAAUGAGACUCACAGUAUGUUAUAAAAUUUUUAGACAUUAUGCAGGCUGGGACUGCAUCCACAGAAUAGUGUUUAUGUACAGGAAACCAUCAGUGACAUAAUAUGCAGUUUCCUAUCUUUAAUCCCAUCUUUUGGUAAUUUAUAUCCGAAAGGACAUGGGAUUUAGUAGGUGCUCCACAAGUGCUGAGGAAGGGUCCCCAUCUAAGACAGAUGCAUCCUAUCUUUGAUUAGCAGCCAGAUACCAGUGGGAUAGCCAGGGAAUAGAAACAAGCCAGCAGCUAGCAGUUGGCUGUCUUGUACUAGGGGAAGAGGUGAAGGAUAAACGUUCACUGUUAGUGCCUCAUGACUGAAGCCUAGCUCCAAAGAGUGAUAUUCUGGUAUAGCCGUUUCAGUAACAUAUUUUGUUUAAAAAUGGGCUUGUACAUCAGUUACAGAACUAGAGUAAAGGUUUGUACCUUUUUGUUGUGUCUUUUGGCUUUUCCCAGUUAGGGGUCGCCACAGCGGAACUCCAGUCCACUAAUGAUUGGCAGUAGA